AUUCCUAAAUUGAGAAAGCCCUUCUGACUUUCUGUUUCUUACAUUGAGAAAUUAUAGAACUUGUGGAAAUUCGUCCAUUGUCAUACUGAGAGAUAUUCUGCCUUCUUCUUUGUGCAGAAAUUCCCUACUCUGAUCAAAUACAUGUGAGAAAAUAGGAGAGAAAGAGUGUCAUAUGGUGUAUGCUGCUAUUACUUCUCUUAUGAGUACCAUACAACAAUCAAUGCAAGUUACCGGACUUUCCUUGCAAGUGUUCUAUGAGGAGAUAGAAUCCAUGAGAGCAAUUCUGGAGAAGCUCUGCUAUAUAACAGGUGAGUUCAACGCAUUGACAAGCUAGGAAACACAAAUUGCGUAGCUAGCAUACAGAGCGGACGAUGUGGUUGACUUGGAAUCAAGGAAAGUUUUUUUUGGCCAAAGAUGCAAAAAAAACGAAGAAGAGCUUUUUGGAAACUUUAUUCCCUCGUGAAACAAGUUGUAGGAUGGACUGAUUCAAAGAUGAAGAAGUGGAUGGCAGUGAAGAACAGACUCAACAACAUCCAGCAUCUUAAAGAACAAACUUUGACUCUCCCCAGUGCAUCUCAACAUGCCUUCGAGUCCGAGAACGUGAUGGUUGGCCAUGAAAACACGUUUGAGAUCAUGCAGGAUCGACUUGCUCGAGGAGGAAUGGAACUAGAAGUUGUCACAAUUGUUGAUAUGGGGGGCAUCGGUAAGACAACUUUGGCUACCAAAAUUUACAAUGAUCCAUUCACUAUAUCUCGAUUUGAUAUUCGUUCAAAAGUUACCGUUUCACACAAGUAUUGCGUAAGAAGUGUAGUCAUGGGUCUUCUUUCUUAUAUAAGUGCAAAGACUAAUGAUUAUCUUGAGCACCAAUAAGAUGGGGAACUAGA